AUGACUUUUACGGAGGCCGAAAUUGUUAGUGGUCUCAAGGCUAUGCGCAACAAUAAGUCCGGGGGCCUGGAGGGAACCCCGGCUGAGUAUUAUAACCGAUGGAGCACUCUCCACGAGCAGAGUGUUAGCCAGCUGGCGGGCGGUGAACUCACCAACCUGCUUUUCGUUGACGAUGUAUCACUGGUGGCGACUGGGCACGAUAGAGCUGAAUGUCUUCUGGGCUACUCGAAGCCUACUGCAGCGACGGGUAUGGCUGCGAAUGCCGCCAAGUGUUCCUCAUUUUCGGGGGCACUACACGCCCCUCCAGUUCCAUUGGACCAAUCUUGUUGGAACUCCGUGGUUAAGAGGCCAGGAACGCUGUGUCAUCGGGCAUUUGUCGCUGACCUGGAAUUGGCACACGGGGGUGUUACUGAAUGCUGGACAAGAAAGGUACUAGCCUUUCUUGUCUGGCUUAAGAACGGAGCCCCCACUAAAACGCGCGGCGAUAAUCUCAUAGCGCAUUAUGCCACCCUUAAAUUCCCAGUUGAGAACAUUCUGAAGGUAUUUGCCAAGUGGCUUGAUGCACGGCUUUGUGACUGUGGAGCGGUUGAAGAUGAACUGCAUGUUUUCGAGGAAUGUCCCACUCACAAAAGCAUACGGGCUAAGUACGAUGGUGACCUAGUCUUUAAGGGGUGCAGCAUGCGCACCAUUAUGACUGAGGCGCUACCCCUGGCAUUGCCCAGCUCAGUCCUGCAGAGUGCAGACUGUGACGGGGAUGGCAUCCUGGACUUAACCUGCCGGGAUGAUGAUGGGCGACGUUGGGCAAUCACCUCAUCCACGGGCUGUGAUGCAAAUGCGGCUAUUUGGGAUAUUGUGCCCCCCAGUGCCUGCCCCAAGAUAUUCUCGCCACCCACAGAUCCAGCUUCAUGCACCAGGCCAUCCGGGUGGUGCAUCCACGACACCGCAGUCCUGCAGAGUGCAGACUGUGACGGGGAUGGCAUCCUGGACUUAACCUGCCGGGAUGAUGAUGGGCGACGUUGGGCAAUCACCUCAUCCAAGGGUUGUGAUGCAAAUACGGCUAUUUGGGAUAUUGUGCCCCCCAGUGCCUGCCCCAUGAUAUUCCCCCCGCCCACAGAUCCAGCUUCAUGCACCAGGCCAUCCGGGUGGUGCAUCCACAACAGCUCAGUCCUGCAGAGUGCAGACUGUGACGGGGAUGGCGCCCUGGAUGUUACCUGCCGGGAUGAUGAUGGGCGACGUUGGGCGAUCACCUCAUCCACGGGCUGUGAUGCAAAUGCGGCUAUUUGGGAUAUUGUGCCCCCCAGUGCCUGCCCCAAGAUAUUCUCGCCACCCACAGAUCCAGGUACAGCUUCAUGCACCAGGCCAUCCGGGUGGUGCAUCCACAACAGCUCAGUCCUGCAGAGUGCAGACUGUGACGGGGAUGGCGCCCUGGAUGUUACCUGCCGGGAUGAUGAUGGGCGACGUUGGGCGAUCACCUCAUCCACGGGCUGUGAUGCAAAUGCGGCUAUUUGGGAUAUUGUGCCCCCCAGUGCCUGCCCCAAGAUAUUCUCGCCACCCACAGAUCCAGCUUCAUGCACCAGGCCAUCCGGGUGGUGCAUCCACGACACCGCAGUCCUGCAGAGUGCAGACUGUGACGGGGAUGGCAUCCUGGACUUAACCUGCCGGGAUGAUGAUGGGCGACGUUGGGCAAUCACCUCAUCCAAGGGUUGUGAUGCAAAUACGGCUAUUUGGGAUAUUGUGCCCCCCAGUGCCUGCCCCAUGAUAUUCCCCCCCCCCACAGAUCCAGUUCCAGCUUCAUGCACCAGGCCAUCCGGGUGGUGCAUCCACAACAGCUCAGUCCUGCAGAGUGCAGACUGUGACGGGGAUGGCGCCCUGGAUGUUACCUGCCGGGAUGAUGAUGGGCGACGUUGGGCGAUCACCUCAUCCACGGGCUGUGAUGCAAAUGCGGCUAUUUGGGAUAUUGUGCCCCCCAGUGCCUGCCCCAAGAUAUUCUCGCCACCCACAGAUCCAGCUUCAUGCACCAGGCCAUCCGGGUGGUGCAUCCAUGACACCGCAGUCCUGCAGAGUGCAGACUGUGACGGGGAUGGCAUCCUGGACUUAACCUGCCGGGAUGAUGAUGGGCGACGUUGGGCAAUCACCUCAUCCAAGGGUUGUGAUGCAAAUACGGCUAUUUGGGAUAUUGUGCCCCCCAGUGCCUGCCCCAUGAUAUUCCCCCCGCCCACAGAUCCAGUUCCAGCUUCAUGCACCAGGCCAUCCGGGUGGUGCAUCCACAACAGCUCAGUCCUGCAGAGUGCAGACUGUGACGGGGAUGGCGCCCUGGAUGUUACCUGCCGGGAUGAUGAUGGGCGACGUUGGGCGAUCACCUCAUCCACGGGCUGUGAUGCAAAUGCGGCUAUUUGGGAUAUUGUGCCCCCCAGUGCCUGCCCCAAGAUAUUCUCGCCACCCACAGAUCCAGCUUCAUGCACCAGGCCAUCCGGGUGGUGCAUCCACGACACCGCAGUCCUGCAGAGUGCAGACUGUGACGGGGAUGGCAUCCUGGACUUAACCUGCCGGGAUGAUGAUGGGCGACGUUGGGCAAUCACCUCAUCCAAGGGUUGUGAUGCAAAUACGGCUAUUUGGGAUAUUGUGCCCCCCAGUGCCUGCCCCAUGAUAUUCCCCCCGCCCACAGAUCCAGUUCCAGCUUCAUGCACCAGGCCAUCCGGGUGGUGCAUCCACAACAGCUCAGUCCUGCAGAGUGCAGACUGUGACGGGGAUGGCGCCCUGGAUGUUACCUGCCGGGAUGAUGAUGGGCGACGUUGGGCGAUCACCUCAUCCACGGGCUGUGAUGCAAAUGCGGCUAUUUGGGAUAUUGUGCCCCCCAGUGCCUGCCCCAAGAUAUUCUCGCCACCCACAGAUCCAGCUUCAUGCACCAGGCCAUCCGGGUGGUGCAUCCACGACACCGCAGUCCUGCAGAGUGCAGACUGUGACGGGGAUGGCAUCCUGGACUUAACCUGCCGGGAUGAUGAUGGGCGACGUUGGGCAAUCACCUCAUCCAAGGGUUGUGAUGCAAAUACGGCUAUUUGGGAUAUUGUGCCCCCCAGUGCCUGCCCCAUGAUAUUUACUUAACCGCUUAAAAAUCCAGAUCAUUUUUGGAAUUACAGUCCGUACAUUUUUUGCACAGUGGAUCAAAAGGAUCGUUGUUUGAUACCCGCUACUGCAAAUGAGCCAUACAUAUGCAUGAAAUUCAAGCACAGCAGCAGCAGCAGUUGGUAGUCUUUUGUGCAGGUACCUAGAAAUGCCAUGGACACAAGUCGUGUCGAUGCUCUGUAAUUAAGCUUGUGCGCUUGUAAGACUCUGGCGGUC